GUUUGGCAGACGCAAUUACCAAGGCAACUCCAGCCUUUUGAGUCGAUCUCCUGCCAUCUAUACUUUUCAUAAGCCAAUCUUUCUACUCAGCUCAAUUUUUUGAGUUGAAUUCCACUUUUCGCGUUCAAUCGCCGCUCGAAUUCGACCCCAAAAACUUUUUUCUUCUACCUUAUCCCACUUCGUUGAGAUGGCGCCUUUCACUGCUCGUGGCGGUCGCGGUGGCCCUGGUGGUGGCCGAGGAGGAGGUGCUCCUCGUGGAGGCCGCGGAGGCUUCAGCGGCCGUGGCUCUGCUAACGGUGUUCGUGGACGAGGCGGUGGUGGUCGUGGAGGCCCUCCCGGUCGUGGCGGCCGUGGUGGCCCCCCCCGUGGAGGACGAGGAGGCCGUGGUGGUGCCCGCGGUGGUCCUGGCGGCAUGAAGGGCGGUGCCAAGGUCGUCAUUGAGCCUCACCGUCACGCCGGUGUCUUCGUCGUUCGUGGUGGCAAAGAAGACGGUAUUGCGACCCGUAACCUCACCCCCGGCGAGUCUGUCUACGGCGAGAAGCGCAUCAGCGUUGACGAGCCCGUUGAGAACGAUGACGGAACCACUACCACCACCAAGGUCGAGUACCGACUUUGGAACCCCUUCCGAAGCAAGCUUUGCGCUGCCAUCGCUGGUGGCGCUGACGACAUCUACAUUCGUCCUGGUUCUCGUGUUCUCUACAUUGGUGCUGCCUCUGGUACCUCCGUCUCUCACGUUGCCGACCUUGUUGGCCCUACUGGUUUUGUCUACGCCGUCGAGUUCUCUAACCGCUCUGGCCGUGAUCUCAUUGCCAUGGCUGCCAAGCGACCCAACGUUGUCCCCAUUGUCGAGGAUGCCCGUCAGCCCGUCCGUUACCGCAUGGUCGUCCCCAUGGUCGAUGUCAUCUUUGCCGACGUUGCCCAGCCCGACCAGGCCCGUAUUGUUGCCAUGAACGCCAACUGGUUCCUCAAGCAGGGUGGUGGUGUCUUGAUCUCCAUCAAGGCCAACUGUAUCGACAGCACAGCCCCCGCCGCCGAGGUUUUCGCCAGCGAAGUCCAGAAGAUGCGCGCAGAGUCCAUCAAGCCCAAGUUCCAGCUCACCUUAGAACCCUUCGAGCGUGAUCACUGUCUGGUUGCCGGUAUUUACACACGCGGCGCCUAAACAGCGAUAAUGGGGUAAAUGAUGAACAUCUAUCGGCCUGUAUAAAAAGUCCUGAUCGCCAAAGAAGAAGAAAAAAGUUCUUGUUUGUUUGGUUUUCACGAAAUGAUUCCCAACAUCAGGCUGCUACUUGCAUCUAAGCUCUUCGUGCGCCGAACGGGUAUCGGUUUUAAAGGGAUUGAUUCAUUCAAUAAUGGCAUGGGGCGUUCCGGAUAAGGGGGUCUUGCUUAGCUUUUGAGCUUGUGUGUUACUUGUUACUAUAUAGGGUGUUUUAAGGCCCAGUGCAGAAGAAUACUAGUACUUUUUUUCUUAAAAUCUUGACGAUUUUUCCUUGAUUGGUCAGGCGGAUUAUAAUAUCAGGAAAAAUAAAAAAUGGUCUGUCU